AUGGAUGACGGCAGCCAAGACGAGUACGCCAUUACUGAUGCCCUAGUGUUGAAGAGAAAAGCCCCGCCGACUGUCUUUAAAUUUGAUAUCACGAUUGGAGAUGAUUCUCUGUUAAAGGCCCAGCGCAAGGUCAAGGGCACUGCGGCCCAAGACUUAUGCAUGCAAAUGAUCCAGGCCCUGGAUGAACACGAAGUCUUGGGACAUUCUCGGCGCAUUCUCCGGCCUCGCAGAAAGCUCAGCCGACCAGGUCAGUCGACUGCGAAUACCACCGACAAUGAGAUGACAUCAGAUGAAGAAUCUAUCCCCAACCGACACGAGAUUGCCUAA